CGAGCAGAGAAUACGGAAAUCCUUGAUUGGGUCUCAACUACCAUGCCCGGCGACGACCAUACCCGAAUCCUAGAGCAUGGGAAGCUGAACAGCGACUACGCCAAUUCAGGAGAAUGGCUCUUUUCCCGACUGGAGUUUCAGUCGUGGAGUAGAGCCGACGACGACAGUCAGCCAGUACUCUGGUUGCCUGGGCCAGGUAAGCGAGUGUGCCUUGUUAUUGAACAAUGUCGGAAACUAUUCCUGCCCGUUGGCAAAGAAGCUCAUCAACUCGCAUUCUUCUACUUUUCGAGAAAGCAGGGAACAGAGGAAGCAAACAGUCCGAAGACUCUGCUCCAAAGCCUUCUGCGUCAACUAGCUUGGUCACCAACCAAUCGCUCAAUCUCACCCGUCGUCAAAGAGAAAUACCGACAAUGGCAGCAAAAUCAGGGCCAUGGGGAUAUCGGCUGCGUACAGGUGACUGUAUAA